AUGGAGCGCGAGUUCCGCGAGUUCCACAAGCGGAGGGCGGCGGAGAGCAAGCGCGUGCGCAAGGAGGAAUCGGCAACAGCAGCAGCACUCGGCGCAGCAGGCGGCAAGAAGAAGAGGGCGCCCAAGACGAAGGUCGCGGAUGAGAACCCGACGUCAUGCUGCCAUCACCCGAUCGCCUGCGCCAUUCGGCUCAAGGCCUUCGACGCGCUGGGCGAGCUACUGUCAUUCGAGUUCUCGCCGCUCGGGACGCUUGAUCGCUGCGCCGCGAGCCCCGCGCCCUCCUACUCGCCGGCGCCUCGCGCUCGCGCCGGCGGCCGCGCAUCGGUACGAGUGAACUUGAUCAACAACAUGUCAGAGAACAAGACGGAAGUGAAGGCCCGCAUCAUGCCGGCCGAAGACGGCAGCAUCAAGGUCGUCUUCUUCUCCGCGCCGAAGUCGCCUCCGCCCCUCGUAGCCAAGGCGCUGCGUGCGAGCGGCGCCAAGAACGCACCCGUUGAGGACGACACCGUGGCCGUGUCCGGCGCGGCGACCGCCCUCGACGAGAGCAUCCUCAAGCAAGAUCUGGCCGCGGAAGGGGCGACCGCCGCGGAGACUGUCGACUCGGACCGGGCCAAGGCCAUGUUUUCCGCCCACACGCCGAGCGCGAACGCCGAUUUCUGGUCCAAGCUCGCGCGCUCGACCGACCCACCGACGGCCCCCAACGGCGUCACCAAGAACGGCCCGGCGCUCGAGCCGGUCGCCAAAGUUGCCACGGCUGUCAAGCCGGCGGCGGCCGGCGGCGAGACGCUGCCGUCGACCAAGGAGUUUCCAGCGGAGGAGCCCGCCCCUUCGGGCAUCGCCGACUGGACCACCCCGUCGAACCCGCGCCGCAAGAACGGGCGCAAGGGCGCGUCCGCCCCGAUCGUCCGCACCAAGAGCAUCACCCCGGUCGGCGGCAAGAACAGGUUCGGGGCCCUGCUCGGAACGGACGGCAACGAGGGCAUCCUCGGUGGCACCGGCAAGGUGACCGGCGGCUCCACGCCGCCGACCGCAGACUCGGGCGCGACGGUCGACGUCGAGACGACCACGAAUACCACGCCCGAGGGCUCUGCCGCCGGCCGGUUCCCGUGGUCAAAGUCCUACAACUUGCUCCGCCUCUUUGGCAUCCUCGCGCUGAUCUGCCUCGGAGCCGCGUUUGCGCACUCCUCGUGCUCUGCCACCUCCGCGCUUCUCUCCUCGCAGCGGUACGACUCCCCGUGGCCGACAUCGCCUCCCGCAACCGUCGCGAAGCCGUUCACGCCGGCAUCGCCCAACGGAUUCUGCGAGGUUGGCGGCAACGACACCAGCUCGUUUGCAGCCAUCGUGUCGUCGGACAGCGCGCCCGCCAACCACCCGGGCGGACACGAGGACGGGCCCUCGUGGGAAGCACUGAUGGAAGCGAUCAAAGAGGCGGUGGGCGAGCCGUUGCACCUAAUUGGCGAGCCGCCGGCGUCCGUCAAGGACCUUUACGAGAAGCAGCCGGUUGUGGCCGAUUUGGAGACCGCCCCGGCCUCGCGCAACACCAUGGAGCGCAAGGGCGAGCCCGAGAUCGACUCUAUCGGUCCCGUCUACAGCAGCAGAUCGGGGAUCAUCGUUCGCGAAACCGUCCUGCCCGUGAACGGCACGUCGCCCGAGAUGCGGUCCGCCGACGCUCACGCGGAGCCGGCAUGGCCUGCAGAGGUCCGUGCCGCUCAGAUCUCCGAUUCGAACUCGGUCCAGUCCGAUAUCUCCUCCGUCUCACGUGUGUGCGCCGACCGGCAGCCACGCUGCGCCGCCCCCGUUGCGUGGCAUGCGGAGCCUCACCACGCACUCACCGACGAGCGCUCCAAGACCGACAAGCCGCCCGCGAACGCGCCGGUCGACAAGCUCUCCAUCGACCUGCCCUCCCCGUUCCACUUUCCCUUCAUGAGCGGACCCUCCUCUUCCGCGCCCGUCCGCACCCAGCAGCGCUGUCAGUUUUGGGCCGCCUUGUUCGUGCUGCUCGGAGCGUGCGGCGGCGUGCUGCCCUCGGUGCGGAGGAGCAGCUCGGGGCGCCUCGUGCGGUGCCGGACGGGGGCGAGGCGUGGCGCGUGGCUGCUGAUUCUCGCCGCGCUGCUCCCACUGGCAUGUGCACCAUCAGACCACACGUCUGGCUCAAUCGACUUCCAGGUCACUGUGGGUGGCGGCAGCUACCCGUCCGAGGUGUCGUGGACUCUGGUGUGCAGCGGCGCGUUGAUCGGCAGUGGAGGGGCCCCCUACUCUCGCACCCUGUCCGCGCCGCCCGGCGAGUGCACGCUCGACAUGUACGACUCGUACGACGACGGCUGGACCGGCAACGAGUGGAAGGGUGCGGGCUAUACGUUCACGCUCGACUCCGGAUCCUCCGGCACCAGCAAAACAGACUGCUCGGCUGGCUAUGUGCGCCGCGUAGAGCUAGCCGCCUCCCUGCAGCCCCUCAUGGCAGCGGGGCGAGAGAUGGAGAGGGCCACUGCCUCACACCCCGAUCUCUCCUCGCAACCGCAGUCCGGCGGCGUCGUCUACGCGUAUGUCAGCGGUGCGGUCUCGAUAAUCGACUCGGAUGUGAGGGACUGCUCUGCUGAAUACGGCGGCGGCGUCGUCCUCGCGUCUAGCAGCGGUGCGGUCUCGAUAACCAGCUCGAACGUUACAGGCUGCUCGGCUGGCACUCACGGCGGCGUCGUCGACACGGUUCAGAACAGCGGGUCGGUCUCGAUAAGCGGCUCGACCGUAUCGGGCUGCUCUGCUUGGAAAGGCGGCGUCGUCCACGCGUAUGUCAGCGGUGCGGUCUCGAUAAUCGGCUCGGCCGUGACGGGCUGCUCUGCUAAUAAGGAGGGCGGCGUCGUCUACGCGACGAACAGCGAGUCCCUCUCCAUCGCGGGUGUCGACUUCAUCGACAACAGAGCGGGAAUGUCCGGCUCGGUGCUGUACCUGGACGGACUCCGCCAACGCCCCUCGAUCAGCGCCGCCUCCUUCACCGGCAACACCGCUGGCGACGACAACGACGGUGCCACGAUACAGGCAGUAGUCAUCUCGCCGAUAAACUGGGACUGCCGCUUGGGCAGCUGGAUGCCGCGCAAGGGCUCCUUUUUUGGCGACUUCAGCGUCCCCGA